GAGAAAGUGAAAAGGCGAAACAUAGCAUUGGUAGCAUAAUACAUAACAUAAGGUGCAUACACUCGUUCCUGUACAUUGAAGCUGGAAGCUUCUUUGGCUACUAUCAGCGGCUUACACCAUACAAAGACAGUAUUGUUGUGUCCUGUCAAUUAUAUAUAUCACAAACGCCACUAAGAUAGGGCGUAAACCCGACCGCGACAGUGUUUAUGAUUGGAAAAAAUUGUAGUUUCUCCCGUCAAAUUGGUAUUAAUUACCCAGGAAAAACAAGUGCAAUUCACGAGUGAUAGUGAAGAUUAUGAAACACUACUUCCAAAUCGUGUGCAUAAUUGAAUAAGGAAAUAUACUUAGUUCCUUAGUGCAAGAUUGAAUCUCCAUCAUCGUCGGCUAGCGCUAUGCCCCCGCUGAAUAGCUACAAUGAAAAUGGCAAUGCAAGUGAUAUUAUCUGUUCGCUCACCCAGUCGCAGAUGGCUAUCAAUCACACGGGAACCGAUUCCGCGACCUCCGCUAGACCGAUAUUCAAUUGUACCCAGUACUCACAAAAGGUUCUCCUAAAUCUGAAUGCCCUACGCCAGAAUACGCGUUUCUGCGAUGUGGAGAUUGUCGUCGGAAGCACGACGAUCCAAGCCCACCGAGCUGUGUUGAGUGCAGCUUCCGCCUAUUUCGAGGCAAUGUUCCGACCUGAGUUGGGACUCAGCGAGGGGAAGCAAAAAUCCGUAACACUGCAUUCGAUUCGGGCCGACAUACUGAAACUGUUGAUUGAUUUCAUCUACACGGGCCAAGUGGAAAUCAAACAGAGCAACGUUCAAGAACUACUGGCUGCAGCGGAUAUGAUUCAACUGCCCGAAGUGGUUGACGGGUGCUGCGAGUAUCUCUGCCGAGAAUUACAUUCUUCCAAUGCACUAGGAAUUUUACGUUUUGCCGAAGCGCAUAACUGUCGUCAACUGGCGGACGCUGCUGCAACCUACGUGUACACCAACUUUCCCAAGGUUGCGCUCGAGGAUGAGCUGUUGGACAUUCCGCACUUGAUGCUGAUGAAAGUAAUUUCUUCCGAGUCCCUUCGAGUAGAUAGCGAGUUUCAAGUUUUCAAAGCUGCCCUCCGAUGGAUCAAGCACGACGUCGUACCCCGUAGGCGAUAUGUGUUUGAAAUCCUGUCGCAUGUCCGGCUAGCUUUGGUUCCAGUAGGGUUGAUUGAUCAAGCAAUAGCCGAAUGUCGGGACGUUUCUCUAAAAAUAGCUUUGAGAUCGGUUCGGAAAGAUCUGACUUCUAAACGAGGCCAACUGGUACCGUUGCGGGUAUGUCCUAGGGUGUGUGCCAAAAAGAGUAUUUACAUAAUCGGCGGAUCCCGUCGCGAGCAAUCCGCCGGAUGGACUCCGGCCGAUUGUAUUUUCGAGAGUGUGAUAAAGUACGACAUCUUCAGACGGGAAUGGAUCGAAUCAGCCCCGAUGCAAAUUGGCCGGAUUUUACCAGGAGUGGCCACAUUGGGCGGUAAAAUUUUUGUUAUCGGUGGCGAACGUGGCAGUCAGAUAUUGGCCAACGGGGAAGUGUACGAUACGCAGAAUAACAAUUGGGAAUCGAUGGCACCGAUGAUCGUGCCCAGGUGUGAGUUUGGUCUGUGCGCUCUGGGUGGCACAUUGUAUGCCAUGGGCGGGUGGAUUGGAGAGGAUAUUGGUGGCUCCAUAGAGUGCUAUGAUCCUAUGAAGAAUUCUUGGAGGAUGGUUGGCGACCUACCGGAGCCGAGAUUCAGCAUGGGAGUCGUUAGUUUUGAAGGUCUCAUUUACAUUGUCGGGGGAUGUACUACUUCCAGUCGCCAUCUACCAGAUUUAGUAAGCUACAACCCCGUUACGCACGAAUGGAAUUCUCUGGCCCGGAUGCACACCGCCCGUUGCCAGAUGGGCGUUGCAAUACUGGACCGCUACUUGUACGUCGUCGGAGGUAACAGCAGCCAGCAGGAAGUCCUUUACUCAGUCGAGCGGUACUCCUUCGACGAUAACAAAUGGACGAUGGUGGCUCCGAUGUCGGUGAGCCGAGCAAGUCCGGCCGUUGCUGCCGCUGACGGGCUGCUGUACGUUGCUGGUGGAGACCAACCCUGCGAAAUCAACUUCUAUCGAGCACAGGUAACCAUUUCGUCCUUUGAGUGUUACGAUCCUAUGAACGAUCAAUGGAAAGAAUGCCCUGAUUUACCAACCAGUCGAUCGGAAGCGGGUGCAGUGGUUGUUUAAAUUUUACUGUAGCUUUUGUAUCCAAUAACGCACAUGUUUAGUUGGUGUGUUUGCGAAUUACUACGAAAUGCACAUUAUUUUAUCUAGUCGAUUGCUACUUUUUUAUUCUAAACAUUCCUUUAUUGGAUAUCAUGAUUUUUUUUUCGUUGAACGUGUGAAAUUUGAUUUUUGUUUAGAGUUUUUAUUGAAUUCGUACUUUGAGUCGUAUGAACACUAAACCACAUACAUAAUACGCGCCAUAUCAAGGGGCGUGUAAAAAGAUAUUUAACCAAAGAUUUUAAAAGAACCACUGCUGUGUGUGAUCAAAUGACACAUAUUGAACAAAAAGCCAAAAUAUGUAUAGGCUAAUUCCGUUAAUCCAUGUGAGAAUAUUUUUAUUGAAUCCGAACAUACGUAUUGAUAUAUUGUAGUUGUCAUUAUUCGUUGGUGUAAUUGAUUCUCGUAAUCAAGCUUUGCAUUAUAAAAUCUUGAAUACAUGAUUAUUUACCAUUACCAUA